AAGGGAGUAUUUGAUAAUUCUUUUUCACCCACCACCAAACCAAAUAGACUAAUCACACACUCACACCUGCUUUAUUUGCGCGUUUUCAUUAGCUUUUCUCGCCGAGAUAUCCAACACCCACCCGAGACUCCGAGAGAGAUUCUGGAGCUUCUCCUUUUCUUGCAAUUUCAACACAACCCCUCUUCAAAUUUUCUCUCUUCUCUCUCUCCCUUCAGCUCUGAAGGUAAAUCUUAAAUUUGGGUCUGGGCUUAAGUUUGUUAGAGAGAGAGGAGAGACUGCUGGCUUGUGGAGCCACUAUAAGCCCUGCGAGCCCAGAGUCCUCUCUCGUUUUUACAAUAAUUAAGUUCGACAUUCUGCAAUCAUACUUUCUCAAGAUACAGUGCUCCAGCAUUUUGGAUUUCUUGGUUAGUUACAGACACAAUUUAAAUCCCAAAUAAUAUACAAAACUGAUAGAAUUAACACCAUGGGCGCUGUUUGUUGCUGUCUACGGGAUGAGUGUGAAGAUUAUGCUGAUAUAAACAGUUCAGUUUAUAGGAACUGCUUAUGUCUUCGUUUCUUUGUGCAGGGUUGCAUCCACAUGUAUGUGUCUAUAUUUCAGAGAGGGGAGGAACAAACAAAUUCUUCAGUCACUCAGGGAACAGGCUCUUUCAGUUCGACAACAUCUGAAAAUUCUUUAUCUGACAUGUACCGGUCUCCUCCUAGGCCAUUGCCUUAUGAUGCGGACACUAGGUACUUCCGCUUGCAGCAAGAUGGACUGGUCUCAAGAAGGGAGAAAGGCACAAGUCACUCACAGGAGGAAUGUAAUCCACUUAGAAUAAGUGACAGUGAUGCAGAUUCAGAACCUUUGGUUGCUGCUAACAAAUGGAACGAGUCAACAAGUGAGGAGGAAUCAAAAGAAUAUGAUUCCAAGUCUGCCGUGAGGUUAUCAAUGGGAAGAAUGUCUGGAGUUGCACAUAUCUACACUUCUUCAGAAGAUGAAGAUGUUUGCCCAACUUGUCUUGAAGAAUACUCUAUUGAAAAUCCGAAGAUAAUUACUAAGUGCUCUCACCAUUAUCACCUUGGUUGCAUAUAUGAAUGGAUGGAGAGAAGUGAUAGCUGUCCUGUUUGUGGCGCGAUGAUGGAGUUCGAUGAAACGACUUGAUGCUCUAGAGGUGCACGUCAUGGACGGAGAUACACAAAAAUCAAACUGGUCAUGGUAAAGAAUCCGGAUACAAAAUUUGUGAAGUGUUUGUAAAUACUGGUUGUAACAGUUAUAUAUAUCAUAUAAAGCAAGUUGAGAGUUCCUUUUAUACUCUCCAUCAGAGUAGUGAUUCUCCUGAGUGGACUGCUUUCCCGAUUCACCUUACAGGGAAGAAAUUCAACUCAAGGAGUGAAAUAAUAUGACAGCAGAGAGUAUACUUAGUAUUUACAGAGGUUGCUUACCAAAAAUGUGCAAGGAAAAGGUAAAUUCUCACUCAUGCCGUCUUGGAGUUUCUUGUCCAAGUUUUAAACUUAUCACUGCAACAGUCGAGAGAAUGUAGGCUGAAAUAACAUAAGGGCCAGCGACUCGUAUGUUAUGCGGUUUUUUGCCAUUUGUAAAUAUGUACAGAUGUAUGGUCUAAUUGAUCUCUCAGCCUGGAGGAACUGAUACUGUUUACUCAACAUCACAUGUAAGAUUGGCUGAAUACUACAGUUGGUUCUAAUAUAUGAUUGCUUUGGUUA